GGUGGAGCUGGAAAGGGGUUGGGAAGGGGUUGGGGGGGGGGAGGAAGAUGGCGCGGAUCAGGCUGGAGGACCUGGAGGGGCUGGGCGAGGAGGAGGAGGAGGAGGAUGAAGGCGCGGGGGGGGAGGACGAGGAGGAGGGGGACGAGGAGGACGAGGAGGAGCGGGGCCGGCUGUUCGCGCACUGGGAGGCCGUGGCCAGCACGCACCGGGUGAGCCUGCCCCCAGACAUGGCCGGCCCCAUCGCCCAGAUGAACCGGCACAGCCAGGCGCGGGAGCCCGUGCCCCACGUCGCCCUGUCGCGACAUGGCAAGUGUGAGGAAGCGGCCUACGAGGAGCGGCACUACCCAGCUGGGAAGUGGGCAUGUGUCACCAAGGGGGAGCCCCUGUAUGAGCAGAGCAUCUCCCUGAGCUUCAUGAAGCUCAUGCGCUACAUCUGCAAGGAGAACUCUGUAGGUCGCUACUUGGGCAUGACGGUCCCGGUGCUCAAUGAAAUCCACCUGAACAAGGAGGGGACCGAGCUGGAGCGCGAGGUCCUAACCGCCUAUUACCUCCCGGGACAGUUCCAGCAAAACCCCCCCGUCCCCAUGGACCCCGAAAUCCACAUCACCGAGAGGGCACCGCUCCGGGUUAUAACCAGGGUUUUCUACGGGAUAACCACCGAGGAGACGAUUCUGCGGGAGAUCGGUCUCUUCUGGGAGCUCUUGGGCUCCACAGACACCGUGCUCCGGGAAACCUACAUCGUGGCUGUUUACCAGAACCCCAGCAUCCCUCAGCGCCGCAAUGAGAUCUGGUUCAUCCGACGGGCAGAGUGAACCCUUGCGGCCGGUCCUGACCCAAAGGAGACGAAUGCACGUCCUCACCCGCCACCCACCCGCGGAAUGACAGACUGGGAGACUGCGGGCUGGCUUUGCACCCUUGCCAGGGGGAAGCCUGCCUGCUCUGUGCUUCCCCUGCCCCUGCCGGGCCUGGCUGAGGCCGGGGCUGGCACCGGGGAGAGCCUCUGCAGGAGGCCGCUGGUGGGAAGCAUGCGGCGGUGCCCACGUAACCAUGAAGGCUCGUGCAGCGUGCUGGCAUGACCUGGGCUGCUCUCGGCCCUGAGCCGGGGCUGUAGAGCUGAACCAGGCGGGCCGAUUGGCAGUCACGAGCUGGGGGUGUCCAGAGGGCGAGUGUGUGUACAAGGAGCGAGGCCCUGGACUCCGGUCGGCCUCCUGCAGGAGCAGCUGCGCUGAAUGGAGCCGCUGAAGUGCUGCUACGGGGACAGAGGGACUCGAAGGGGGGAAAGGGCUGGCUGCCAGCACGAUGUGGAUCCCGAAUGUUUCCCACCGGGGUGGCUCUGUAGCCUGCUGGGUGCCUCCCUGGCUGUCACCCUCUGUCCCUCAGCUGGGACCGGGGCACUGGCAGCCACCAGUGAUGGGUGCUGGAGCCAAGAGGGACGGGUCCCGCCUCGCGUCGCGCCCCCACCAGCGAGCUCCGCGCCCCCAGAUACUGUCACGCUCUCCCGGGGGGAGGCCGGCAGCACUGAACAAACAGCAAAUAAACCCAGCUCAAACGCUG